CUCUCUCAUAUCUUUGUUUAAACAACUUCAUUACCAAAGGAAUCAAGUUUGAAUUCUAGCUAGAGCAUUUGUCGGGAACCCUUGGACUUGGUGAAGAGAAUUUAACUUUGGAUAAUUGUAUGAUGUUGCUGUCGGGAAAUUUAUAGUGUAUAGACAUCUGUACUGCAGAAGCAUUUUCUGGGUUGCGUCGCCAUUGCGCUGCCGAUAUUCCCCCCAUAUUCACCAUUGAGUCCGCAGAUCUCGAGGCCAGUUAAAUAUAUCUCAAGCAUAGGUUGCAAAACGGGCCGAUUCGGUCCUUGAUAGUGAGCUUUACACCAUUGCCAAGUAAGAAUACGGAGAAUUUGGAAGAGUAUUGACUCUUUGGAGGCGUUGGUUAAUUUAUAUAUAAGUUUAAAGGGACUUUUGACUGUUGAGAUUUGAUACGGAGGCCAUAAUCAAAGGAGGGUCGGUGAUAUUGUUGGGAUUUGCUGUUUAACUUAUAUAAAUUCAAGGUGCACUGCCCGCAUUUCAAUCUGUUCGGUCUGUCCGUUUUGCAUUCGUUUUGGAUUAUUUUAUAGCUUCUUCUGUGUUGGGAUAUGAAAGUAAUUUAAAUAGUAUGGAACAUGAGAUUGGUACCUAGUACAUAGACAUGCUUGUUGGAUUAUAUACUGGAAUUGCGUACUGUGGGCUUAUUGCCUGAUUUGACGUAGUUUAGUGGGUUAGACUCCAUAAGUCAAUGUGGAUAUUUAAGUUGUUAAAUAAAGGGCUGAAGUGUUCAUUUUGAAAAGAUAUUAGGGAGGGAGAGGAGAGUUUAUGGUUUAAUGUUGAAUUCUGGCCCCAACGGCUUUGUAAGACAUGCCGAUUGUUGAUGAAGGAGAAGAAGUUUUCUUCGAUACUGUAAAUUACUUGUCAUCCGAGGAGUCUGUUGUAGUGGGAAAAAAUCUGGUGUGUCAUGAUAUAGGGUACGAGAUUUGGUUGAGAGCGCCACAGAGUGUCAAGGAAAGAAGGGAAAAUUUCUUGCACAGAAUGGGUUUUGGUGAUCGGGCAUCACUUGGUGAACCAGAGGCAAUGGGGUUGGAAAGGGUUAUGGAAUCUAGUGGAGCUGCUUCCAGUUCAUGUGUAUUAUCUACUUGUAGCACAGGUGACAAUACAGAGUGCGACAGACGGGAAUUGAUUGGUGAAACAAAUUGUUCAGUUGAUGAUUCUGACCACGAUUGGUUGGAUAUGACCAUUGAUGUGGAGAGGCAAAUCAAAGAGAACUACCUCUCUGUGGAAAAAUGUGAUAAUGGGGAAGUGCAGGCUUGUCUAGAAGAUUGCAGGUAUGUGGAUAAGAAAAGGAAGAAAAUGAUACGCUGGUGGAAACGCUUCACAAAGACAAUGAGGAAAGGCCGAGGUACCAAAUUAUCAAAUGAACAAAAGUUAGGUACUAAAGCAGGGAAUGCCACUUGGGUGAAGAUGGAACAAAAUAAGAAGCGGUGCAUGGAGUGCUCUGCUGUCUAUGUUGGACAAGAAAUUAGCGCACAUCAUGGCCUAAUCUGGACAAUGAAGUUUAGUCCUGAUGGCCAAUAUUUGGCUAGUGGAGGUGAAGAUGGGGUUGUUUGCAUAUGGCGUGUUAGUUCCAUAGAUGCAUCUUGCAAUGAUGCGGAAUGCAAGUUUGGUUGCCAGGACAUGGAAGGUCCAUCCAGUUCUCAGAGGAAAAAGUCAAGUCACCCGUCUGUCAUCAUUCCUGAAAGGAUAUUCCAUAUCGAAGAGGAGCCAUUUCACAUGUUUCAUGGCCAUACCAGUGACAUUUUAGACCUUGCAUGGUCCACAACUAAUCAUCUUCUUUCAUCAUCAAUGGACAACACUGUUCGUUUAUGGCAAGUAGGCUCUGAUGAAUGUCUUGGCAUUUUCCAUCACAGCUAUUAUGUAACAUGUGUUCAGUUUAAUCCUGGGGAUGAGAACUAUUUCAUCAGUGGCUCCAUAGAUGGUAAAGUUCGAAUAUUUGGAGUUACCAAGAAGAGAGUUGUUCAUUGGGCUAAUGCACGAGAUGUUGUAACGGCAAUAUGUUACAAGCCAGAUGGAAAAGGUUUUGUUGUUGGUUCUCUUUCUGGUACCUGCCGUUUCUAUGAAACAUCAGGUGACGAACUUGAGCUAAAAGCAGAGAUAAACAUUCAGGGUAGAAAGAAGUCAUCCGACAACAAAAUCACUGGCAUUCAGUUUCUGAAAAAUGACUCUCAGAGAGUGAUGAUAACAUCAGAGGACUCCAAAAUUCGGAUACUUGAUGGGCUUGAGGUUGUUCAUAAAUACCGAGGUCUAGCAAAAUCAGGAAGGCAGAUGUCAGCUUCUUUUACUUCCAGUGGGAGACACAUAGUAUCAGUUGGGGAGGACUCGCGUAUUUAUUUGUGGAAUUAUGAUGAUUUGUCCAUCCAGACAUCCAAACAAGCCAAAUCCAUCUGUUCCUGCGAGCAUCUCUUCUUUGAUGGCGUGUCUGUUGCACUACCUUGGUCGAAUUUGGCGACAGAACGAAGUAGUUUUGCUUGUGGCAAUUCCCAAUCUGACAUACAAACACUUGAUCACCAAGAAGUGUCCUCGAGGUUUCGGGAUUCAGAACAUUUUUCCCUUGCAAAUUGGCUCUCCACAGAUGGCUCAUCCCGGGCCUCUACAACAUGGCCUGAAGAAAUACUUCCUUCAUGGGAGGUACAAUCUGUUGAAAAUGAUUGUCAGCCAUGUAGUAAUUGUAGUGAUCAUCUUCAUCAGCAGCUGCAGCACAAGAAUAACAGCCAUGGAUCCAGAAUUCUAUCAGCAACUUGGGGUCUUGUGAUUGUUGCUGCUGGUUCGGAUGGAAUGAUUAGGACAUUCAACAAUUAUGGAUUGCCAGCCAGGAUUUAGGAGUUAAAUAAUUCGCCAUUUCGACACUUUUUAUAAGAAUUCAGAAAAUUUUGAAUUGACAGGAGUCACGCGUCCAGGUGAAAAUUUGCAGCAGAAAAUGUUGUUUAUAAGCCCUUGUAAGUAUGCUAUUGUUUUCCAAACUGUUAGAUUUCAGUUUCAGCAUAAGGUCAAGACUCCUGGCCUCUCGUUCUCUUUACCAUCCUUAGUGAUUCAUAUUAGGCUAGAUAAGGAAACAACAGGAUGUACAGAUUUUUUGUUCAAUUCAUUUUUUCAAAUGGAUCACACUUAUAAAUGUAAAUGGCAUUGUUAGCACAGAAAUGGCAGAAUUUACUGCUUAAAUAGAAUUGGGUUCUAGUAGGUUCAA